ACGAGCUGUCUUCAUGCCAAACGGACGUAGCGCGAAACGUUACUGGAAGGCUACUCAUUAACUGAACAGAAGCAACAGCUUGCUAAUAGUAAAACAACCAAGUCAAAUUAUAAAAUAUUAUAAUUUAAUUUAAUUGCGUGACGCCUGGCAACAACAGCAACUCUCCGUGUGUGUGCUUUAUUUGUGUUUGUGCCAGCAAAAGUUAUGUGAUAAGCAAAAAUUUCACUGUGUAUGUGUGCUUUUUUCGCCGUGAAAUUAUCCUGCGUGUGUGUGCGUGCGUGUGCGUGUAUAACUGCGCAGGACGUGUCAGCGAAAGCUGCUUAUCAGUGGUGAAGCUGCUGCAGCAGCCAGUUUUCUUGUUCUCAAUCAGGCAAAACAAGGUCAAGCAAACAGCUGGCUGAUAAAAAAAUAAAUAAACAAAAAAAAAAAAAACAAAAGUAAAAACUCAAAAUACCUUUUGAUCAAAUUGUGAGAAUCAAUAAAUAUCGAGAAUCAGGCCUUAUUUUAAAUUAAUACAAUAAAACCGUUUUUUUAUAAUUCACUUAACGACGCCAGAGAAACAAAUAAAUAAAAAAACAACAACAAAAUGUCUUCCAUGGCUGCAUUUGAUCAAAUCAAAAUUGGACUCAAAAUGGUCGACUUCAAGGUCCAACAGCGUCGAUAUCGCACUAGCGAAAAGACUGUCGUCAGCACCACAUAUGGUCCCAUCAAGGGAGUCAAACGCAAGUCCAUCUAUGGUCAAUCAUAUUUCAGUUUCGAGCGUAUACCCUUUGCCAUGCCGCCCAUCGGGGAGCUGCGCUACAAGGCACCACAGCCCCCCGAGAUAUGGACUGAGGUCAGAAGCUGUACAUCUCAAGGCCCGAAGCCGUUGCAGAAGCAUUUUGUAUUUGACAUGACGGAUGGCUCCGAGGAUUGUCUAUAUCUCAAUGUCUACACAAAGAAUUUAUAUCCCACAAAACCGAUGCCAGUCAUGGUCUGGAUAUAUGGAGGUGGCUUUCAGUUUGGCGAGGCAUCCCGGGAAUGCUACAGUCCCGACUAUUUGCUGCGCGAGGAUGUCGUCGUUAUAUCUAUAAACUAUCGCCUGGGACCUUUAGGCUUUUUGUGCAUGGAAGAUCCCGAGCUCGAUGUGCCCGGCAAUGCUGGCCUCAAGGAUCAGGUGCUGGCGUUGCGUUGGGUCAAAGCAAAUUGUUCGCGUUUUGGCGGCGAUUCGAGCAACAUUACAAUCUUUGGUGAUAGCGCGGGCAGCGCCUCCGUGCACUACAUGAUGAUCACAGAGCCACGUGGCCUCUUCCACAAGGCCAUCUGCAUGUCCGGCAACACGUUGUCCCCCUGGGCGGUGACCCCGCAGCGCAAUUGGCCUUAUCGCCUGGCCGUACAGGCGGGCUAUGUGGGCGAGAAUGUGGAUCGCGAUGUGUGGGAGUACCUCAAGAACACCAAGGGCGCUGAUAUAAUAAAAGCGAAUGGCGAACUGUGCAUCGAUGAUGAGAAAAAGGAACGCAUCGGCUUCUCCUUUGGUCCCGUCAUCGAACCGUAUGUAACCAGCCACUGUGUGGUGCCCACCAAGCCCAUUGUCAUGAUGCGCAACGCCUGGUCAAACAGUAUACCUCUCAUUGUGGGCGGCGUCUCGAACGAGGGCCUGCUGCUCUACUCGGAGACCAAGACGAAUCCCAAGUGUCUCAACGAGCUCGGCGACUGUCGCUUUGUCGUUCCCAUCGAGCUGAACAUGGAUCGGGACAGCGAACUCUGCAAGGACUACGGCGAGCAGCUGCGACAAAGCUACUAUGGCGAAAAAACACCCAGUCUGGACACGCUUCACGAAUAUCUGCAGAUGGUCUCGCACGAGUAUUUCUGGUUCCCGAUUUAUCGCACAGUAUUGUCACGUUUGGAGCACGCACCGAAUGCGCCGACGUAUUUGUAUCGCUUUGACUUUGACUCGAAGCACUUUAAUCAUCUGCGCAUACUCAGCUGUGGCAAGAAGGUGCGUGGCACCUGCCACGGCGACGACCUGUCUUAUCUGUUCUACAAUUCGCUGGCCCGCAAACUGAAGAACCAUACGAGGGAAUACAAGUGCAUUGAGAAAUUGGUUGGCCUCUGGACACACUUUGCCACAUAUGGCAAUCCCAAUUUCGAUCCCGAGCAGUCCGAGCUGUGGCAGCCGGUGUCGUCCGCGGCGAUCGACAAGCAACAGCUGAAGUGCCUUAAUAUAUCCGAUGAUCUGAAGAUUAUCGAUGUGCCCGAGCUGCGCAAGCUGUUGGUCUGGGAGAGCUUCUUCCGUCGUGAUGAGCUGCUGUGAAAAAAAAGAGCAACAAACAAACAAACAAAGAAAGAAACGAAUGCUAUUUGGUAGCAUUAGCGUUAGCAUUAGCAUUAGCAUUAGCUUUAUGUUGAAAACAAUGCAAGAAAGCGUAGCUUUAAAGUCUAGAUAGAGCCAUCAUCUAAAUUGUUGUUAAGUUUUGUCCAACACUGAAAUUCGAUUUAAGCCUGUUCAAGUUUGAUCCAAGUCUCUAAUGCUUAAUGGCCUUGCAGCGCUCCAGCGUUUGCGAAAGUCCCACAAUUCUACUUAUUAUGAUUGAGGUUAGUUCUAGGGUCAUAUGGAUAUGAUAUAAGUCGCAACUGAAGUACCUUUUGAUAAACGCGUUACGGAUGCAUGCAGCUAAGGAAUUUGAUAUAUGUAUAGUUAAAAGUAAAAAAUAAACAGUGUUCCUAAUGUGCUGCAUAAAAACUAAAUAUACAUAUUUACUUCAUACAUGAAAAGGCUGUCAAGACGCCCCUUAUAACUAUGAUUUAUUCUGAUUGUAUUGUAUGGUGUUCAAUUCUCUUCCGCGCACAAAACAAAACUCUCUCAUCUAAUAUUAUUCAAAUUAUCUAUAUUUAAUUUUGGAUAAACGAAUCAAAAAAAAAAAACAAAAAACAAAAAUCCCACGCUUAGUUUUAAUAAACGACAUGUGUCGUAUUUUUGGAAUAUAUGUGAAUGUUUUUUAUAAUAAUCUAAUUUUUGGAAACAUAUUUGUUUUUUACGUAAGGUUAUUCGUACCAGUCCAAGUUUUACAUAUUUUAGGAAUAUGAUUCUUGUUAACAACUAGUACUAGAAAAUUUACAUAGGCCGAAGUGAAUUUGUUUAAAGUGUCUGUUGACAAAAAAAAAAAAACAAAAAAAAAAACAACUAAACAAAAGAAAGAAAAGAAAACACCUUGAAAUGUUGAAUUAUAAAGUGCACGAAAUGCUUAACUAAAAUGUUUCGAAUUGUUUUUUUCGAUAGAUUCCACAAAAGAGCGAAUUGUUUCAAGCUCGCUUUAUUCAAUUCCUAUAAGCUUCAAAAAUAAUGUGAUGUCACAAAAACACAAAAAAAAAAACAGAGAAAUUAAAAAUCCAUAUUUUAAUAAGAGAAUCGAACAGAAUAAAAAAAAAAAAACGC